GCCUCUUCCGCUCUCUGUUUGCUUUCCCAUCGUCUUCGCUUCGUCUUCUUCUCUUCUCCUCCAGCACCAAGGAGAGAGAGGGAGGAUUCAUUGCUCCCGACAAUCUUGAUUAUAGUGUUUUUCAAUUUCACUCUCUCAUUUGGGUUUUUGGAGGAUUCUCGUUAACAUAACGUGGGGGAGGAAGAAGAGGCAACAGGAUGGGAGGUGAUAAAGGCUUAAGCCUUGAAGGAAUCAAGAAUGAGACUGUUGAUCUGGAGAAAAUUCCCAUUGAGGAGGUAUUCGAGCAGUUGAAAUGUACCAAAGAAGGCCUUUCCUCCGAGGAGGGAGCGAACAGGCUUCAGAUCUUCGGUCCCAACAAGCUCGAGGAGAAAAAGGAGAGCAAACUACUGAAGUUUCUUGGUUUCAUGUGGAAUCCCCUAUCCUGGGUGAUGGAGACUGCCGCCAUCAUAGCCAUUGCAGCGAGGGGCAAGGAUCCAGAUUGGCAGGAUUUUAUUGGAAUUGUCGUCCUUCUAGUGAUUAACUCCACCAUUUCCUUCAUCGAAGAGAACAACGCCGGCAACGCAGCUGCAGCCCUCAUGGCCCAGCUUGCUCCCAAAACUAAGGUGCUCAGGGAUGGUCGAUGGACCGAGGAAGAUGCUGCCAUCCUUGUACCAGGAGACAUCAUUAGCAUCAAGCUGGGAGAUAUCAUCCCUGCUGAUGCCCGCCUGCUUGAGGGUGAUCCCCUGAAGAUCGAUCAGUCUGCUCUCACUGGUGAAUCUCUUCCCGUCACUAAGAACCCCGGCGAUGAAAUCUUUUCUGGCUCAACCUGCAAACAGGGAGAGAUUGAGGCAGUUGUGAUUGCCACUGGUGUUCACACAUUCUUUGGCAAGGCUGCCCAUCUCGUUGAUAGCACCAACCAGGUUGGCCACUUCCAGAAGGUUCUUACCGCUAUUGGAAACUUCUGCAUCUGCUCCAUUGCCACUGGUAUGAUUGUGGAGAUCAUUGUCAUGUACCCAAUUCAGCACCGCAAGUAUCGCAGUGGCAUCGACAACCUGCUUGUCCUUUUGAUCGGUGGAAUCCCGAUUGCCAUGCCCACUGUGCUUUCAGUCACCAUGGCUAUUGGCUCUCAUCGCCUUUCUCAGCAGGGAGCAAUUACGAAACGAAUGACCGCCAUUGAGGAGAUGGCUGGAAUGGAUGUUCUGUGUAGCGAUAAAACUGGGACUUUGACACUUAACAAGUUGAGCAUUGAUAAGAAUCUCGUCGAGAUUUUUGCCAAAGGAGUUAGCAAGGAGGAUGUUAUUCUUUAUUCUGCAAGGGCUUCUAGGACUGAGAAUCAGGACGCAAUUGAUGCAGCUAUGGUGGGGAUGCUUGCAGAUCCCAAAGAGGCAAGAGCAGGCAUCACAGAGGUCCAUUUCCUUCCCUUCAACCCUGUAGACAAGAGGACUGCUUUGACUUACUAUGACGCUCAUGGGCAGUGGUUCCGUGUGAGCAAAGGUGCCCCUGAGCAGAUGUUGACCCUCUGCAAUGCAAGGGAAGAUGUUAAGAACAAGGUUCACAGCGUAAUUGAUAAAUUUGCAGAGCGUGGCCUUCGAUCUCUAGCUGUGGCUAUACAGGAUGUUCCAGAGAGGAGAAAGGAAAGUACUGGAGGCCCGUGGCAGUUUGUCGGCCUACUGCCUCUCUUUGACCCCCCUAGACAUGACAGUGCUGAAACCAUCCGCAGAGCUCUAAACUUAGGUGUCAAUGUUAAAAUGAUAACCGGGGAUCAACUCGCUAUUGCCAAGGAAACCGGACGAAGGCUUGGAAUGGGAACUAACAUGUACCCCUCUUCUGCUUUGCUGGGGCAGAAUAAGGAUCCAGCCAUUGAUGCCCUUCCUGUGGAUGAAUUGAUUGAGAAGGCUGAUGGUUUUGCCGGAGUGUUUCCAGAGCACAAAUAUGAAAUUGUGAAGAAGUUGCAAGCUAGAAAACACAUUUGUGGAAUGACUGGAGAUGGUGUCAAUGAUGCCCCUGCAUUGAAGAAGGCUGAUAUUGGAAUUGCUGUUGCUGAUGCUACUGAUGCUGCUAGAAGUGCCUCUGAUAUUGUUCUGACUGAGCCCGGGCUGAGUGUUAUUAUCAGUGCUGUUCUAACAAGCAGGGCAAUCUUCCAAAGGAUGAAAAACUAUACGAUUUAUGCAGUUUCCAUCACCAUCCGUAUUGUGCUUGGUUUUCUACUUAUUGCUCUUAUUUGGAAAUUCGACUUUUCACCUUUCAUGGUUCUGAUUAUUGCCAUCCUAAAUGAUGGUACAAUUAUGACAAUUUCAAAAGAUAGAGUGAAACCAUCUCCCCUGCCAGACAAUUGGAAGCUCAAAGAAAUCUUUGCAACCGGAGUUGUUCUUGGUAGUUAUCUGGCUUUGAUGACUGUCAUCUUCUUUUGGGCAAUGAAGCAAACAGACUUCUUCUCGGAUAAAUUUGGUGUUCGAUCACUGAGGAAUAGCCCUGAUGAGAUGAUGGCUGCACUCUAUCUCCAAGUCAGCAUUGUGAGCCAGGCACUCAUAUUCGUCACUCGCUCUCGAAGCUGGUGCUUUCUUGAGCGCCCUGGGCUUCUGCUUCUCAGCGCAUUCAUCAUUGCUCAACUUGUUGCCACUUUCAUAGCAGUCUACGCAAACUGGGGAUUUGCCAAAAUCAAAGGUUGUGGUUGGGGUUGGGCUGGUGUCAUAUGGCUCUACAACUUAAUAUUCUUUUUCCCUCUAGAUUUGUUCAAGUUUGCUGUCCGCUACAUCCUCAGCGGAAAGGCAUGGGACAACCUUCUUGAGAAUAGGACUGCCUUCACAACAAAGAAGGAUUAUGGAAGAGAGGAGAGGGAGGCUCAAUGGGCCAUGGCGCAGAGAACUCUCCAUGGCCUGCAAACCGCUGAGACUACAUCAGUCUUCAAUGACAAGAGCAGCUAUCGUGAACUCUCCGAGAUAGCCGAGCAAGCCAAACGCCGCGCAGAGGUUGCAAGGCUGCGUGAGCUACACACAUUGAAAGGCCAUGUUGAGUCUGUAGUGAAGCUGAAGGGUCUCGACAUUGAAAACAUCAAUCAACAUUACACCGUGUGAUCUAUGUUUGAGGAAUAAUUUUGGACCUGGAAAGAUUGAAGGGAGUACCCCCUCUUUACAAGUAACCCCAGAAACACCUGGUUUUUAUGCCGCACGCCUAACCAGUGAAUGCUUUAGCUUUGAUUGGAGCAGCCUAGUUUUCCGUCCUCCCCCUAAAUGUCUCUUUGAACUUGGUUUUUUUUUUGUUUUUUUUUUUUGUUUUUUUGGUUAUUAAUAGAAGGUAAGAAGGCCAGUUUAUAUACUCCCUUCUAAUCGAGUGUCAACAGUUUGAACAGAUGUUAAAGUUUGGCGUAAUGCAAAUAUCAGUUUUCU